CAAGAUUAUGGAAAAUAGAACUUGAUCAAGUGCCAGAAUACCUGGAGAGAGAGUCACUUUUAAAUAAGGUGAAUAAAAUAUUAGAGCCAUAUCUAGACGAUUUAAAUUUCGCUGGAACUUAUAUAAAUGUAACAAACAAUUUAGUAAUAAUUUAUACAGUAAAUAUGGAUAAGAAGCGAGAUAUAAUUUCUAACCCUAAUAUAAGCGAAUAUAAAAAGUUUCUGGACUUUAGAAAAGUAGACAAACCUUUAGCUUAUUUAAAAUCCUCGUUUAAAGAUUUAGAUAGAAUAGCUCAGCAGAAUAAACCAAGAGGAAUAUUUACUGAUCAAAAUGUUUUAGAUUUUAUAAAUAUUGCAAGGAAAUAUGAUGCGGAUGUACAUUUGCCCUCUAACACUACUUCAACAAAUACUAAAAGGGAUAGGUUGAUUACCAUGUGUGGUAAUAGUGGAGGUACUAUUUUUUCUUUUUCAAAUUCUUCAGACCUGAGCAGGGUAACUAUAAAUGGUAUACACACGGCAGGUCUGCAGAAUUGUAAACAUCCUAGCUAUCCUUUUAGUAUGGCACUACCUCGAGAUAUAAUUCUUAAUAUAGCUAAUUUAGAUCUUAUUGCUAGUUUUUAA